AUGUGGGGAUUUGCGCGAGCGGGUGGUGAACUGGUGAUGGUGAUGCUCGCUCGUAGUGCAUGUGCAUCCAUCCGACUUCCCAACAGCCUACCUCUCGCGUUCCAGGACAAAACGCAGUCUUGGCUCGGCAGCCGAGGCGAGAGGAGCCUUUGCCCACCUUUGCUCACUCGCUUCGCUUUCCAUCCUGUUGCGCGGCCGCGGCGCAGGUGCGGUUGGCCAUCACAGGCCAAGGACCCCUCUUCCUCUUCCCUUUGACCCACCACCGCCCCCCUCUUCCCUUCUUCCCCCACUGUCGCCGCUCCUCGUCUUCCACUCUCUCCACUUUGCUGCUUCUUCUCCCUUAUUAAUGCUCGUGGGCUCCUAUGAUCCGCCCUCCGCCGCGGGUUUCUUGAUCCAUCCCCGGCCCAAGGAAGCGGACCCCGGCGAACACUCCUGACAGAUUCGCCCGUCCGCCGCUCCCUCGAUUCGGUCCUCCCCGUCAGCGGCAGGUGUUUAGGACCUCUGCAGCAUAGCAUCUGGUCCGUCCCUGGAGAUGUCCGGCGUACAGGAGCAGUUCGAGAUCAAGUUCCGGCUGCCGGACGGCACCGACAUCGGACCCAGGCGGUUCCCGCCGGCGUCCACCGUCGCCACGCUCAAGGAGACCAUCAUCGCCCAGUGGCCCAAAGAUAAGGAAAAAGGUCCUAGGACUGUGAAUGAUCUUAAGCUUAUUAAUGCUGGGAAGAUACUGGAGAACAACAAAACCCUAUCAGAAUGCAAAAGCCCGAUUUGCGACUUCUCUGCGAUGACAACAAUGCAUGUCGUCAUCCGCGCACCGACUUCAAGCAAACAGUCUGAUAAAAGAGCAGAAAAGAAAGCGAAAAAUUUCAGGUGCGGUUGUGCCAUUAUGUGACAGCAUUGUGAAUAGUAGCAGAGAGAACGUGGCCAUUUCAGUUUUCUCCCUUUUUUUUUCCUGCUCUCGCUGGAGUGUUGUAUUAUGUUCGAGGCGCUUUCUCCUUUCAUUUUGUUUUGAAGUACCGCGUGCAAGCUUCAACAGCUGUCAAGUGCCCUUUAAUCGUGAGUGUGCAUCAAGCACAGAAUUAGAAGGCGGUUGGCUGCUAAUUACCCUUAAUCUUGAGUUUGUCAAGCACACAAUUUGAAGGCAGUCAUUAGCGUCGAAACUACGAUGUCCACCCUAUCCAAUCUUCCAUGGUUUCACGCUUCUCUUCUAUAUUUAUGCUACCCUGGGUGACAAAUGUUUAAUGUAUGCCUUCCAUGCUAGAUGAACUUUUUGGAACGCCAUUCUAACUCAUCAAUUUCUAUUCUGUAAAACUAAAACCAGUUGUAAUCUGCCAUAGAUCAGUAUGCUUGCUAUAUGGGAGUCACAUUGAUAUGUUUUGCAACUGUUGCUCAUACUCUAAAUUAGUAGUAGUUUAUUGCUGGUUCAUCUCAGUUUGCAUCAGCUACCGUAAGGUUUGUAUAGACCCAAGUUGGAUCACAAUGUAUCAGCAGGGCCGUUCCUGUAGGGGUGCCGAAGGUGCGGCCGCACCGGGCCCCCAAAAUUAGAGGCCCCCCUAGCCACUAGACGCUAGCAUUUUUUUCUGUUAAACCUAUCUAUUUUAAACACAAAUACGCAAUGAGCGAUGCAGUAUCAAUCAGUCUCGUUUGGAUUGUUAAAUUAAUGUCAAAAUGGCUUAUCGAAUACUCCAUUCGUUUCAAAAUAGUAUUUGUUUUAACUCUUAAUUUUUAUGUUUAUAUUCAACUAGAUGAUGAUGAAUCCACUAAAGAAGCAAAACGAAUUUAAUUUGAUAUAGAGAGAGUAUUAUUUACUAUACACACGAUGGUUGCAUCGUCAGAGAGAAACUUUUUAAAAUUGAAAUGUUUUUGUGGACUAUUUAUGGUCAACAAUAACUUAAGAGAGGUUAAAUGGCUUAGCGAUUCUAUAUAUCGAAAAAAGUUGUUGUAUGAAAUUGAUCUCAACGAUAUAAGUGAUGACUUCGUAUCACAAAAUGUUAGAAGAUAUUUUUAAUGGUAUCAGAUGAGAAGUAAGUGUUUUGGCUAUAUUUUACAUUUGUUAUUUUAUAAACAUCAAAAAGUGCAUAAUAAUUUUUAUACGCCAAAUAUUCGAUAUUGUAUGUAUAAUUAUAUAUAUUUGUGUGUAGAUGGGCCCUCCAUAUCGGAUUUCGCACUGGGCCCCUGAAAAGUCAGGAACGUGUAUCCGUUUUUAUCGAAGCUUUCAUUUUUGUGCUUAUCCUAGUUGUUGGUUUAGUUUAUGCAUGGCGAAAAGGAGCCUUGGAAUGGUCUUAACUGAAUAUUCAGAAAAAAAA